CGACGAACCAUGACCACCACCAACAAUCAUCAGUCGGCCAGCGCGCCACGGGAUCCCAGACCAAUCUUCUUCUUCGACAUUGACAAUUGCGUACGAUCUCCCUUCUCAACAUCCCCAUGGGUUCACGUUGACUGACCGCCGUCCCCACUCAAUGACUGCAGCUGUACUCCCGAGGUAUACAACACCGAAAUCUCAACUCCACCAUUCCACGAAAGUAAACCGAAACCAACUAACCGGGCCCCGCGAUCUGCGCGCGCACAGAAUGCAACAUUCACGAUGAGAUGCAAAAGCUGAUCAGUGAGUUGCACCCAUAACUACAACUACAACACCGACAACCAACAACCAACAACCACAACCACAACCCGAACCCCCACGCUCAACCACUCACUGUACUGUACACCUCACUAACCGAAACUCCAAUCUCCUUUGCACAACAGACGCCUUUUUCAUCAAGCACCUCUCCCUCAGCACCGAAGAUGCGCACCACCUGCACAUGAAAUACUACAAGGAGUACGGGCUGGCGAUCGAGGGGCUCACGCGGCACCACAAGAUCGACCCGCUCGCCUUCAACCGCGAGGUCGACGACGCGCUGCCGCUGGACGAGAUCCUGAAGCCCAACCCGCAGCUGCGCCGGCUGCUCGAGGACAUCGACCGGAGCCAGGUGCGGCUGUGGCUGCUGACGAACGCCUACGUCACGCACGCCAAGCGCGUCGUCCGGCUGCUCGAGGUCGACGACCUGUUCGAGGGCGUCACGUACUGCGACUACUCGCAGACACCCCUGGUGUGCAAGCCCAGCCAGGUGAUGUACGACAAGGCCGAGCGGGAGGCCGGGGCGUCGAGUUCGGGGGAAUGUUAUUUUGUCGAUGAUUCCGGCUCAAAUUGCAAACACGCGGCGGAGCGCGGCUGGGCUGUGGCCCAUCUCGUCGAGCCGGGCGUCCCCGCCCCUCCCGAGCCGGCUUCCCAGUUCCAGAUCUCCAGCCUUGAGGAGUUGAGGACUUGUUUCCCUCACUUGUUCAAGUCGCGGGCCUGAGCCCUUUUUCUCGUGAUUGUAUAGAAGCAUUCCUUCUUUCUCUUUUCGCGUAUAGCAUAGACUUUUCGUAUAAUUACACGGCCCACGGGCCUUGAAGACGCUAUGAAGUAUACGAGUGAUGCUGUUUUAUAUCAGAUUCCUGGGUGC